GGCGGAAGUAGUGCACUUGCUUGCACUUGAUUGGUCCAUUAUUUUCGGCUGUCUGCUAGGGAAUAUUUGUGAGGAAUGCAGGGACUGACAACAGACCACAAAUGAAAAGGAUGUUUGGUUUUGAAACUCUUUCAUGAUGAUGUUUGAAGCGCCCGAUUCUCGACUGUACUACGUUGUGGAGGAGAAUGACCUGGUGAAACUCCAGGGGCUAAUUGAUGAAGGUAGAAAUUUAGAUGAGUUUUAUUUUGAUGACCAGAACAUCAGCACGAAGUCCCUCAUGCACGUAGCCUGUGAGAAGGGAAGAUACGAUUGUGUGAAGCUGCUGAUAGACAACAAGGCCUCGAUGUCCGUGCGAGACAAGUGGGGACAGUCGCCGCUGAUGUAUUCAGUUGCUUCCAGGCAUGCUGAUGUAGCAGAACUGUUGUUGAUGAAGAAUCGCGAAAUUGUGGACGAUUCAGACAGUUAUGGGAAGUCGGCCUUGCACUCGGCAGCUGAGAUCGGUUAUGUUGAAGGCAUCAGGGUGUUGGUGAAGUAUGGAGCUAAUGUGGAUCGGCAGAUGAUGGAUGGGAACACGGCCUUGAGCAGAGCCAUCUGUGAGCGAGACUUGGAAGACUGCUCCGAAACUGUCCAUGUUUUGAUUGAAGCAGGAGCCGACUUGAACAUACGAGACAGGAGAUGUAAAAGAACUGCUUUGCAGAAUGCUGCAGUGAAGCGGAACAUCAAGGUGGUAGAGAUGCUGCUUGAGGCGGGAGCUGACACGAACUCCCUCGACGGCGCCGGCCGCACGGCACUCACCAACAUGAUGUACGAACACGUUAAAAAUGUGCAGGGCGUGUCUUUCAUUCCGGACGACGUCAUGACGAUCGUUGUGAUGAUGGUACAAGCUGGAAUCGACCUGAACCUCAACACAUGCGAGUAUUGCAAUCCUAUGAUGACUGCUGCAAAUCUGAGAGCUGAGCCACUGCUUCGACUCUUUCUAACCAAUGGUGCCGAUGCCAAUCUUACAUCUGUGAUGGGGGUAUCCAGCCUACUGAUAUCCACCAGCAAGAACGACAUCCUGUCUUUGAAGACUCUCCUGGAAUGGAAUGUACGCAGCGAUAUCCCCGGUCUGAUCUACAAACGGCGGGAGGACAAGGAGUACAUGGUCGAUCCGUUCGAGUUGGCGAUAAUGGAAGGACAUUUUGAUACUGCCAAGAUUCUUAUUUCUGCUGGAUAUGGGAAAUACCGCAAACCGUAUCUGUUUGACAAGGCUCUGUUGCCAAGAACGCUUCAACAGAAUCCUGACAUGUUAGAGUGGCUUCAGUCCAAGGCUUCUUGUCCAGAUUCUCUGCUUAAUUUGGUGUUAUUUUCGUGUCGGACUUUGUUGGGUAGAAACAUUAAAUCUGCUGUGAAGAAGCUGCCUAUCCCUGCCCGUGUCCGUGGGAUGAUUGCCCUCGCAGAUCUGUUAGAUAUUCAGGAUGACUUCUCGUCAUAGGUCACAAUUAACCGCGGUUGAUUAAAGUUUUUUUGUCUCCUUGGAAAACCGUAAUAAAAGGGACAUUGAGUAGACAAAAUCCUGA